GCCGACGAGCUCAGCUCUUUGGGCUCCGAUUCGGAGGCCAACGGCUUCGCAGAGCGGCGUAUCGACAAGUUCGGCUUCAUCGUGGGCUCUCAGGGCGCCGAGGGCGCGCUGGAGGAAGUCCCCCUGGAGGUCCUGAGGCAGAGGGAGUCCAAGUGGCUGGAUAUGCUCAACAACUGGGACAAAUGGAUGGCCAAGAAGCACAAAAAGAUCCGCCUGAGGUGCCAGAAGGGCAUCCCGCCUUCUCUUCGAGGCCGGGCGUGGCAGUACCUGUCAGGAGGCAAGGUGAAGCUCCAGCAGCAUCCUGGGAAGUUUGACGAGCUGGACAUGUCGGCCGGGGACCCCAAGUGGCUGGACGUGAUUGAGCGUGACCUUCACCGGCAAUUUCCUUUCCACGAGAUGUUUGUGUCCCGAGGAGGCCAUGGCCAGCAGGACCUAUUCCGGGUGCUGAAGGCCUACACAUUGCACCGGCCUGAGGAGGGCUACUGCCAGGCCCAGGCGCCCAUUGCAGCCGUUCUGCUCAUGCACAUGCCUGCAGAGCAAGCCUUCUGGUGCCUGGUGCAGAUCUGUGAGAAGUACCUGCCUGGCUACUACAGCGAGAAACUGGAGGCCAUCCAGCUGGAUGGGGAGAUCCUUUUCUCGCUGCUUCAGAAGGUAUCCCCCGUGGCCCACAAGCACCUGAGCCGGCAGAAGAUCGACCCGCUGCUCUACAUGACCGAGUGGUUCAUGUGCGCCUUUGCCCGCACCCUGCCCUGGAGCUCUGUGCUGCGCGUCUGGGACAUGUUCUUCUGUGAAGGUGUCAAAAUCAUCUUCCGGGUGGGGCUGGUACUGCUGAAGCAUGCGCUGGGUUCCCCCGAGAAGCUGAAGGCCUGCCAGGGCCAGUACGAAACCAUCGAACGGCUGCGGAGCCUCAGCCCCAAGAUCAUGCGGGAGGCCUUCUUGGUCCAGGAGGUGGUGGAGCUGCCUGUGACAGAGCGCCAGAUUGAGCGGGAGCAUCUUAUUCAGCUGCGGCGCUGGCAGGAGAUGAGGGGCAAGCUGCAGUGCUGCUCCUCGCCCCGGCUGCACGGUGCCAAGGCCAUCUUGGAGGCCGAGCCUGGCCCCCGGCUGGCCCUGCAGCCAUCACCGUCCAUUCGCCUGCCCUCCGACGCCCCGCUCCCUGGCUCCAAAGCCAAGCCCAAGCCUCCCAAACAGUCCCAAAAGAAGGAGCAGCAGAAGCAGGCGACAAAGGCAAGCCAGCAACCGGACCAGGCCCCAGCCCCAGCCCCAGCUGAGGUGGCCACUGCUGCGGGAGAUGCAUGCCCACCACGGGACAUGACCCCGAAGGACCCAGCCCCCCAGGACUCAGUCCACCACCACUCCCAGGAGAGUCUGACGUCCCAGGAGAGCGAGGACACCUACUUGUAACCCCGGCAGUUGAGGCCUCCGGGCAGGGUCUCUCCACACCUCUGUGGUUCACAGACAGACACUCCAGGGCCGACCCCCUCUCAAGGCUGGGUGCUGGCCGGUGCUUGACGGGCUUUGCAGAAUCUGCCUGAGGUUCCUUAUUUAUUUUCUCCAGAAUGGAGCACAGGCCGGCGCUAGGGCAGGCAGCACUGAGGGCCUCCUGGGGGGUGAUGCUCCCAGGGUUAGGGCACUUGUGGGAGAAGAGGGUGGGUUGAAGGGUGGGGGGGUA